ACACAAAAUCAACUCAGUUAUAUACUUAACACAAUGAACUGCUUUUCGAAGGUCCUUGUGCUGGCAGCCAUUCUAUUCCUUAGCAUCGGAUCUGGCUGGUCUCAGAUGCCCUUUAGGAAGUGCGGCAAUGGCAUCGGCUAUUGUACAUCAGUUCGCACCCGAUGUAGGGCCAUAGCACCGCCCACUGAAUGCGGCCCAAAGGAAAAGUGCUGCAAGAGGUAGUUGAAGAACUUACUUCAAACUGAGCUGAGUUUUAGUGAAAUAUAAAGCACAAACUUUCUCAUUUGAAA